CGUCAAUUGCAAUAUCUUCAAGGUCAUCAAAAUGACCAAAAUCUUGUUGGAUUAACUGUUUGAUCCCCGUCCGGAAGUGAGGCGAGUGGUGAUUGAAAAAACCAAGUCCUUGCAAUGAAUCGCAAAGUACACUUGAUAACUGCAUCAUCUUUACGUUUUUUAAGAAAUCCAAGCUGCUGGUGUCAUCCACCCUUCUUAUUGGAUGAUGGUGGCCAGAAGAGUGCACUCUCGUGUCCCUGCUCCCCUUAUCAUCAUCAUCACUCAUUUACAAGCAAUUCAGCAUCUCUGACAAGAGCCAAACAUGAAAACAUACUUACUAAAAAGUCAUCAGCUAUUCCCUGUUCAGCUGAUGAUGACAUUCUGCUCAAUGAGGAUAAAUUACUUCCACCAUCAUCACCUCAGCACUGUAGAUGGAGACGGUCUCAACAUAGAAGGUAUGGCAUCAAUCAUACAAGAAUGGCAACAUCAUUGCUGACUGUGAGCAGCCUACCUGACCUGCAACAGUCGUGUGGAUUUUUCAACUUGGCUUCUGAAGAUCGUGUGAAAGAAUACUCAGAAAGAAGGUUAUUAGGGUACAGUAUGCAGCAGAUGUAUGAUGUUGUUGCAGGUGUGGAGCGCUAUAAAGACUUCGUGCCAUACUGCAAAAAAUCUAAUGUAGUGCAGCGCCGCAAAGGCUUCCUCAAGGCAGAGCUCGAGGUCGGGUUCCCUCCUAUUUCUGAGGCGUACGUGAGCAGCGUUAGCCUGGCAGCACCGCACAUGGUGCGCGCCGUGUGCACGCAGGGCAAGCUCUUCAACCACCUCCUCACGGUCUGGCGCUUCUCACCUGGCCUCCAUAAUAAGGCGAACACGUGCACCCUGGAUUUUUCUAUCAGUUUUGAGUUCAGGUCAUCGCUGCACUCGCGCCUGGCGCACAUGUUCUUUGAUGAGCUCGUGCGUCAGAACGUCACGAGCUUCUUGACGGAAGCCAAGCGACGUUAUGGAUCGGGCUCCAUCCGCUCUCAACAGCCAACCCUCGUCCAUGUCACCAGUUGAUACGCUCAUUAUUUAGACGCUACUUCACAAAGAAUCAUGUAACACUAAGCAACAAACACUUGUUAAUGUAAAGUCACUCUGACAGGUGUCAUUAUAUUCUAUUAUUGAACAUAUAAAUGUAUUUACAUGGAGAUAUUGUGCGUCGUUUUAGUUGAUAGCUUCUCAUUUGCGACGUUUGUCGGUGUUGAAUUCACAAUCUAAUUACAAACUGCCGAUAAAUCACCGUGAUAAAUAGAUAUUUUUUGUGCGCUUUGUUGCUGCAUUUUUGAAAUGACAUCACGUUUUGCAUGUACAAGUUUUAAAGGAUAUAUUUCUCAUUAGGUUAUUGAUUAAACUCCAUUUAUGAAAUAAAUGAUAAAUUUACAACGAUUUUGUUCGCGAAUGCUUUAACAAGAAUUUGGAUAAUUAUUAUAUGAUAAAGCCCAUUCAUCGGAGUUUAAGUAACUGUUGUAUUCGUAUUUAUUUUGAUUAAAGUUUAUUAUAUUUAUUAUUUAUAGAUGCUAGUCAUGUGUUUGUGCUCGUGCCUUGAGCUGAAAUGCAAAAUGUUUAUUGUGAGCGUACCUAUAAAAUCUCGGUUACAGAGGAGGGCGAACCACCAUGCUAAACUUAUUAAGUAAAAUUACUUUUGGAUCCCAUAUACCGCAGAUGACCGUAAGCGUCUUUGUUUAUUUCAACAUGGGCCUCGUAUGUGCCGAAAACACUACGAGGCAGGUGGUCAUAGAUCAAAUAUCGUCGGUCAUACUUCUAUUGCUACUCACUAAUGUUUAACAAUGUCUAGUUUCUUCUCUUGACUUGGUACUGACAGGCGGUUACAAUUCUUGAUCCGACGUUCAUUGUGUCUCAUUUUAAGCAAUCGUUUCGGUGUGAGAUUCUUCUCGACAAAAAAACUGAGAGUACUCUUCAAUAGUUCCAAAUAUUCUUGUUUUGAUGUAGCCUAUCGAUCGAUUUUGGCGAUUCCUCUUCUUAUGUCUUCACUGUAGGAUUAGAAUUUCCGAAUAUCUAACAUGGCCAACCAACUGCAUCUUUUAACUCAUGAACAUAUUUAUCGUUUAAAUGCCGCUUCAUAAAUUUAUCUCCCUAAUAGAAGAUGCGUUGUUGUUCUCUUUAGAUCAUGACUGGCAGAUGAAUUUUUGCUUCACUGCAGCUACAAUCAUUGUACUAAUUUCUAAUUGUGAACAGUCUACAAUAUUAUUGAGGUACAUGUGGAAAUUCAUACGGGUUCAUUUUAGUCAUUUGACGCAGGCCACUUUGGCUUCACCCGGACGACUCCGAGUGGAACGAUUUUUGAGCCAAUAAUAACCUCCUGUAAUGAUUAUCUGGUGGCGUUUCGACUUCCACCUAAACAUUUGAUCACUCUUAUAUUUAUUCUGAAUAAAUACUCUAGUAGUCGUAGA